GGUAUUUUUUUCACAGAUCUUACAACCAUUUUCUAAAGAUAGUUAACAUACUCCCCAACAUUCACCUAUAUAUAAGACCACACGCCAUUUACAUGGAUUCUCAUCCUUUUUAUUGUUAUCUUAAACCUUAACCUACCUACUCACAAGCAAUAAAUACCUUUUUCAAACAUCUGUUCAAUGUCGCUAGAAGAAACAGAACCACCAAGCCAAACUCUAGAUAAUGUCCUAGGCUGGUUUGGUGAUUCUAUCUCCUUAACACCAUUACCUGGAUUCAAUGAUUCUGAUCUGCUCAACGAUUUUGACUGGUCUCAAACGUGGGAAUGGGAUCAUCAGACUCAAGCUCAAGAUCCAGGAUGUGAUUUUCUUCAUAGCUAUAGUCAAGAUCUUGAUGCAUAUAUAGGUGGUGAAGCAACUAAUCUUGAAGUGGUAACAGGAGUUCCAGUCAUUGAUUCAGAUCCUCCACCAGUGGUUCAGCUACCAAACGAUGAUCAGUCCAAGAAACGGAACCGUGAUGAGCUUACCGAUGCACAACUAGUGAAAAGAUCAGCAAGGAGCAAGAAAAAAGCAGACAAGCCUAGUGAGGUGAGCCGCAAAGAUAGCAACAAGGCAGAGAGAUGGGCGGAACAACUUCUUAACCCUUGUGCCUUGGAAAUCACGGCAAGGAACUCAUCUAGGGUUCAACAUUACAUUUGUGUUCUCUCUGAACUAGCCUCUUCUUCUGGUGAUUCUAAUCAUCGGCUUGCAUCUUUUGGUCUUUGUGCUUUGAGAAAACAUAUUUCAACUUCCUUUGUGCCACCAUCCACUCUUACUUUUGCUUCAGCAGAAGUGAAGAUGUUUCAGAAGACUUUGCUCGAAUUCUAUGAAGUAAGCCCUUGGUUUGCUUUGCCCAACAACAUGGCAAACUCAGCCAUCCUACAGAUUCUAUCACAAGAGCCAAGAGAUAAAAAGGAUCUUCACAUUCUUGAUAUUGGUGUUUCUCAUGGUAUGCAAUGGCCCACUUUGCUGGAAGCUCUCUGCUGCAGACCAGAAGGACCUCCUCUUCGAGUUAGAAUCACCCUUGUAUCCGAUCUAACCGCAGACAUACCAUUCUCUGUUGGUCCACCAUCUUACAACUAUGCCUCUCAGCUCAUUGGCUUUGCUAGGUCCCUCAACAUCAACCUCCAGAUAAGUGUAAUUGACAAGUCUCAACUCAUUGAUACCUCACCUCAUGAGACCUUCAUCGUCUGUGCUCAGUUUAGGCUGUACCAACUGAAGAAUAGCAUCACUGAUGAGAGAAGCGAGGCUUUGAAAGCACUUAGAAGUUUGAAUCCUAAAGGAGUUGUUCUUUGUGAAUACAAUGGAGAAGGCAGUAGCAGUGUGGACUUUGCAGCAGACUUCUCAAGGAAACUGGACUAUCUAUGGAAGUUUUUGGACUCAACAAGCUAUGGAUUCAAAGAAGAGAACAGAGAAGAGAGGAAUCUAAUGGAAGGAGAGGCAACAAAGGUGUUGAUGAGCUCAGGUGAUACUAAUGAAGGGAAAGAGAUAUGGUAUGAGAGGAUGAGAAAAGCUGGCUUCUCAGCAGAAGCAUUUGGGGAAGAUGCAAUAGAUGGAGCCAAAUCUUUACUCAGAAAGUAUGAUAACAAUUGGGAAAUAAAGAUGGAAGAUGAAGAUACCUUUGCUGGUUUACUAUGGAAAGGAGAAGAAGUUUCCUUUUGUUCCUUGUGGAAGUAGCUAAUCUGUCUUUUAAGUUUGUCUUAAUGUUUGUUGUGAGCUGUGAAAAUGUUAAAGCCUUCUGUAAACUGUUAUCUGCAAAAGUUAUUUGGUUGUGAUGUAUAUAAUGAAUCAUUUUCCAUC